UCCGCUAGUCCCUCUAUAGAAUCCGGUCUCCGAUUCCGAUCCCCUUUCGAUCCCCCUUGGUCGAUCUACUAGGGUUUCCGAUCCACGAAUCAACCCACCAGAGUCGCCCGGCCAUGCCUUGGGUUUAUCAUCCGCAACUUGAAUUGCUGGCCGUUCCGCAACAACCUGAAUCGUGUCCCAUGGCUGCGGCGGUUACGCAGCCUGAAUCGCCGGCCAUGGCUGGGGUUGAUCGUCUCCGCUUGGACGGUGCCAUGCCCCCCUCGUAUCCCUCCUCCUGGUCUGUGCUGCCGCGGGAGGUCGUGGUUGUCGACGAGAUCGACGACGGGGAGGAGCUACGCCGGUGGAACAUCCUGAGAUGCGAUCGCAGGGCCGGCUACGGCGUCUGCGAGGCAGUGGUGGAGGGCGUGAAGCUCGGUGCGCGCAUCGUCUCCGACCGGGGCUUCUCCGCCCUGUGCAUCAUCGUGAGCAAAGCCGCGCGGGCUGGGACGAGAGGCCAAGUCUGCGCCGCGGUGCUGGCUAUCAAGAAUCAUGUCAUCGUCCUCUCCGUCGCCUUUCCCAGAGGUGAUUUGUUCCACUCCCUCAAGUGUGCGUGUUCAUCCUUCUACCUGGUCUACGACGCCUCCGACGCGUCCAUCACCAUGAUCCCCGACCUGCAAUUCUCCUUUCACCACCACAAAGUGUCUUCUGCUGUCACCAAGGAACCUCUCCCAAUCGCUUGUGGUGUUGCACAUUACCUCGUCCUCCUAGGCCGUGCCAUGACGAUUAAGGGGAUGGAUCAGCACAUAGAAGAUCGUGUCUGCCUGAGUCCGCUGCAGCAGUCAUCUUUGGCUCAUCCAUCGCCAUCGUCCAGCACCAACUGCAGUCUGUGGAUGACCAAGUCGGCCAUCUUCCCCAAAGAGGUGGUGACGAGAGGCUUUUCUGCAAAUAAGAUGCUCUCGUUCGAUGGCUUGGCUAUGUGGGUUGACUUGCAUCAAGGAAUCCUCUUCUGCCAACACUACGACUUGUUCUCCAAUUCCAAUGACAGUGGCUCUGUGCCGUUCUACUUUGUUGAUCUGCCACCGGGCUGUUGUAAUGAUGACAUCACCACCCGCCCGCUUUCUGACUCCUAUCCACCAGAGAUGUACCGUUCUAUCGUGUGUGUCGGAGACAGCAUCAAGUUCGUCACCAUUGAAGGCUACCUCCGCGACAGCACUGCCCCUAUCGAGGAUCGGAUGGUGACUAUGUGGAGCCUGAGACCCCAGGAAUCUUGGUCGUGGAGGAAAGACCGUGACCUCAGCAUUGGAGGCAUAUGCGCGCAGCUUUUCAAGAAGAUUCCUAUAUGCGCAACGAUGCUGGAGCCGAUGCCGAAUAUGGCACCGCAGAGUCCUAUCCUGAGCACGGAGGAUGGCAGCCUCCAUCUCCUUAUCGUGAAUGAUAACAGCAAUGAAAUGCUCGAGAAUCAGAAUAUUAUGGUCACUGUUGACAUGUCCAAGGGCUACGUAAUCUCCGCUUGUUUGCUCCCUACUGACUUUGGCGAUCAGCUGCCUGGGUUGUAUGGUGUCAUGCUGCCGCGUAUGCUGGGCUCCAACUUCUUCCGGUUCUGAUUGGCAAAAAAAGAAGCACAUGGAACGGCAAUGAGAAAACACAUGCAAUUUAUCUAUAUUAUUAGAUGUAAUCGGAUAUUUGUAGUUCUCUUCUUAUCUUUCUCUAAGCACUAUGUUAGUGGUGGAAACUUUAUCUGCACUGCAAGCUAUCUUAGCACUGAUGAUCGGCAUGCAAUCUUAGUAAAAUUUCUUGAGAUGAGAAUGUGCCAUGUUUGUAAAAGAUGGACCUAUUAAGAAUCACCUUAUGUGACCUCACCUUUCACCUA